GCAUUUGAACCGAAUGAGCAUAUUUACGUAAAGAAGGAUGGAGGCUGUGAAGAAAGCAAAGGAGCGAUUGAGACAGUAUCCAACCCUCAUAGCUCAUUGCCACGAGUCAGCAGCGAAGUAUGCGUCUUGUGUAUUAGCGAAAUCUAAUUUGGAAAAGAACGCUUGCGCCGCGGAAUUUAACGAAUUGAAAAAAUGUCUCGUUAAGGCUGCCGCUAGCAGUAAUACAAGAUUAUAAACGUAGUCGAGGAUCGA